AUGCAGUCUCAUGACCUAGUCUUUACUUCACUACCUAUUAAAGCAGGAGACAAGACGUACAUAGACAGCUUCCAUUCAGACACCCAGAAGGACAGAGAAAGGCAAGACAAUUUAACAGAGCUAACUGUAUGAUUAGCUGGCGCAGAGUGUUCCCAGCUCGCCUUCAUGUUGCCCAUUUUCUUCUCUGCAUUUGUCCUGUCUGCUUCUUGCUUAACCAAAGCAAACUGCAUCUCCUAUGACGAGCUGAAAGAGCUGAAGACUGAAUUUGCCUUCAAUCUCUACGGACAUGUAUCUGAAGCAGAGAACAGAACCAAUCUGGUACUCUCUCCAGCAAGUGUGGCUGUUUCUUUGGAGCUUCUGCAGUUUGGAGCUCAAGGAAAUACCUUUACAGAGCUGCAGGAUUCUCUAGGAUACAACAUUCAUGAUCCAAGUGUGGGGGGGUUCUUGCAUGCAAUGUACGAAGGAGUGACCGACUCCAGCCAAGGCAUGGUGGUUCAGCUGGCAUGUUCCUUCUUUGUGGAUGCCAGAGUGCAGCUCUCACCCCAUUUUGCGGCACGUGCUGUGCAUUGGGCAAACAGCAGCCUGCAGCAAACCAACUUCACUGACCCCAACAGAACCACAGCCCAAAUACAGGAAUGGAUCACCGGUAAACUUGGAGAUGGGGAUGUGCGCAGUGCGCAGUUGGAGACCACUGGGUCGCCUCUCAGCCAGGUCACCUUGGUGAGCACCAUAUACUUCAAAAGUAUGUGGCAGAAGAAGUUUUCCUUUAUGGAUACCCAGAUGCUGGCUUUUACCACGGCAGAGGGCUCAACACUGGAAGUGCCGACAAUGCAUCACACAGCUGAAGUUAACUACGGCCAGUUCCAGACUGCAGCUCUGGAGGCUUUCAGUGUGGUUGAAUUACCCUACCUGGGCGAGAAACUCAGCAUGUUCCUAGUGCUUCCCAGCCACAAAAGAACAUCUUUGUCCCAGAUUGAGUCACACAUUUCUGCCAAAACCAUAACCCUCUGGGCCAGCAGCUUAAAAAGAAUGAAGAUGGACAUUUUUCUGCCUAGGUUCAGUAUUCAAAGCCUUUUUGAUCUAAAGACAGUUUUUUCUGCCUUGGGAAUUAGAGAUGCAUUUGAUCCCAUCACUGCUAAUUUUAAAGGCAUUUCAGAGCAAGAUAAUCUUUAUAUUUCAGAAGCUAUUCACAAAGCAGAGAUUGAAAUAACAGAAGAUGGUACAAAGGCAUCAGGAGCUACAGCAAUGGUGUUACUAAAAAGAUCUCGAACACCUAUUUUCAAGGCAGACAGACCUUUCACAUUUUUCCUGAGAGAAGCUAAUACAGGUACGCAUGCUCUGUGUUUCGGUAGCAGAAUCUUUCAUGAGUAGCACCAAAAUAAAUUAACAAGUUCUUUGUAAAUAGCACACCAUUUUCAGUCCAGGAAAUUUCAACAACUAUGGAAACAGCUUUAGAGGUUUUAAAGCAUAAAGAACACAGUUUAAAAAGAAUGCAUGAUAGUCAUAGAAGUCAGGGAAGCCAGGUUAGCCUCUCUUAUCUAUAUGCCGUGCAUACUAAAA